AUGGACCAAUUAAUUGCCAACCCUGUUAUAGCAGCUGUUGAAAACAAAUUAGUUAAUGAUGGUUAUGACAAUAUUGUAAGAGUAUGGAAUUUUAUGGAAAGAAAAUGUAUUGUGUGCUUACAAGGACACAUUAAUGCGAUUAAUUAUGUUGCAAUCAACAAUAAAUUUAAAAGAUGCACCAGUUCCAGUUUAGAUGGCAUCUCAAAAUUUUGGAGUUUGGAUAAUGGAGAAAAUCUCUGGAGAUUAGAAAAUCAUUCAUCAUCCUUUGGAGUUUAUUUAAUUUUAAUGAUUAUAGUUGUAAACAUAUAUUGA